AUGAUGACGACAACGACGACGACUGUAAAGCCUACUAUCAAACUUCCACCUAGAAAUAAUAAUAACAAUAAAUCGUGUUCCACUCGUACAAACAUGAUAGUAUCUUCUUAUGAUUCACAACAAAUUACUUUUUCUAAUAAACUCUUUUUUGAAGACAUGGAAAAUGAAAUCAAAGAUUAUGAAAUUCAUCAUUUACUUUCUGAUUAUUUUCCUUAUCAAAUUAAAAGAGAACGAGGUGGCGGCUAUUUAAGCUUCUCGGAUUCUGAAAUUGCGGAAAGAGUUUAUUCUCUCUUUAAUGGUUAUUUAUUCCAAAAUCAAAAAAUAGUUAAAUUUAAAUUAUCACCAGAUGAAAAUUUUAUUCAAGCAGAAGGACCUAUUCUAGAAGCAAAGAAUCUACCAAAUCAUAUCAAUCAUAAUAUUUUAUAUGAUAUCUUUCGUCCUUUUGGGCCCUUAAGUAUUUGUAAACCAGUUUUAUUAACAGCAGACGAAAAGAAAGGAACUCAACAUGCUCUGAUUCAAUAUUUUUCAAAGCAAGACUCUGAUAAAGCAAUGAAUGAAAUUAAUGAAGAAAUAGUUGAAGGAAAAAAAAUUCAAAUUUGUGCAUCCAUGAUGAACAAUACAUUUUCUAUUCGAUACAUGAAUCAAUCUGUAUCUACACCGACUUAUGGCACAACAACAACAGAAAACAGCAAUGGAUAUGUUGACUAUACUAAUCUUUAUGUAAAGAAUCUUGACCCAACUAUCGAUAAUACAGAUCUCUUUAAUUUAUUUCGUAAAUUUGGUCGUAUCAUUUCAGCUCGUGUCAUGACACAUCCUCAAACAAAUCUAUCCAAGGGCUAUGGAUUUGUCAGUUUUGGGAAACCCGAGGAAGCAGCCUUAGCACUUGAAGAAAUGAAUGGAUAUCAAUUUCGCACAAAGCCUAUGAUUGUAGCUUAUCAUGAGCCUAAAAAGCCUCGUUUAGAAAAAUCAACUUCAUCCACUACAAAUUCUUUUCUUCCUCCUUCACCUACACCUAUUUCUUAUAAUAAUGUUCCGUAUAUCGAAUCAAAUCAUUCUCAUGAAGUCAUGAAUAGUUAUGGAAUAAAUCAUAUAGAGCCAAUGAAUGCUAUUACAAAUAAUUCAAUACAAAGAAAGGUUUCCAUACCAAAUAGCAAUAAUUCAAUUACACCACCUCAUAAUCCAUCCAUGACUUCACCUCAAUUUGCCCCUCGUCCAUCUUUAGCAUCCUUAGCUUCAGGAGCAACCAUUCAACAAACCCCUCCUCAUCCCGUUAUCAUGGAUACUCAUGUGCGACGACGAAGAGGAUCUAUGGAAUCUAUAAAUUCUAACAUGACAGAAUCAAGCGUUCAACUUCAACGUCAUCGAAUAACAGAAGCUGUCAAAGUCUGUGGUUCAUAUGGUAAACAACUACCUGAUAUUGUUGAUAUGAUCUUGUCCCUGAAACGAAAGGAACGUUCAAUUUGUUUAUUUAAUCCUGAUUUCCUUAAAGAUAAGAUCAAUGCAGCUUUAGAAGCCUUAAAUAUUUGUGAAGAUGAUGAAGAAAUAGAAGAAGAAAAACAAGCAGGACGAGAAAGCGUUGUUACUAAAAGAGAUUUAAGCUAUAAUACGACAAAGCCAAGAACGUAUACAGCUAUCGUGAGUCCUCCUACUUCACCUUCCAAUAAAAAAACUAUAAUAGAAAAUGUCGUUAUACCUCCUCGUACAUCCAAAGCGAUACCCAUUGUUGCACCAUUGCCUGAUCAAGAUAAAAAGGCAGAGAUUAAAGCAUUGUUAAAUUCUUUAGAGGGAAAACCGAUACAUGAACAAAAACAACUCUUAGGUGAUCAAUUAUUUCCCCUAGUUAAGGCUACAGGAGUUAAACAUGCUCCAAAGAUUACUAUUCGAUUACUAGAUACAGUCAAUUUAGAGGUAUUGGCCAACAUCAUGUAUGAUAAAGAAUCUUUAAUGAUUCAUGUUAACAAGGCAGCGUUUAAUUUAUAA